CCGCCGAGCUCGGAUCGGGAACGACGGGCGGGUCGGGGCCGGGUCAGAGGCGCGUCGGAAGCCGCCGCUGCAGCCUGGGCCCCGCAGAGGAAGGAAGCCGGCCGGCGGGGGAGGUGAAGCUCGCGUGUGGAGUGACACAGUCAAAUCAGACGCCAGAUGGACAGUGAGACAAGAGUGUCAGAAAGGAUUGGGCCGCGCUGCGAGAAUCAGCCUGGAGGCCAAGUGUUGACGAGCUGCUGAAAAGGAAGCCAGUGGGAGGACUGUGGGCCGCAGAGGAAGUGGCACCCUGUCUUCAGUCAUACCAUUGAUGGAGGACAGAUGGACAGCCGGACAGCCAGUCGCCUCUCCUCUUAAACCUUUGGAGAGUUGUCCUUUGUCCUCUCCUGGACACGUAUUAGGAAUCUUAAAUUACACUCUGAAUUCGCUUUCUACAGAAUCAUAAGACCAGACUGCAGCGGGAGGACUGCUCUGUUGCAUGGUCCCAGACUCGCCACCAUGAGUGCCGAGGGCUACCAGUACCGAGCACUGUAUGAUUACAAAAAGGAACGGGAUGAAGAUAUUGACUUGCACUUGGGUGAUGUCUUGACUGUGAAUAAAGGGUCCUUAGUAGCUCUUGGAUUCAGUGACGGACAGGAAGCCAGGCCUGAAGAAAUCGGCUGGUUAAAUGGUUAUAAUGAAACCACGGGGGAAAGAGGGGACUUUCCGGGAACUUAUGUUGAAUAUAUUGGAAGGAAAAGAAUCUCGCCUCCCACACCAAAGCCCCGACCACCUCGACCCCUUCCUGUUGCACCAGGUUCUUCAAAAGCUGAAGCAGAUAGUGAACAACAGCAAGCUUUGGCUCUUCCAGAUCUCGCUGAGCAGUUUGCCCCUCCCGACAUUGCUCCGCCUCUUCUCGUGAAGCUCCUGGAAGCCAUUGAAAAGAAAGGUCUGGAAUGUUCAACUCUAUACAGAACACAGAGCUCCAGCAACCCGGCCGAAUUGCGACAGCUUCUUGAUUGUGAUGCCGCCUCCAUGGACUUGGAAAUGAUCGAUGUGCAAGUUUUGGGAGAUGCUUUCAAACGCUAUCUUAUGGACUUACCGAAUCCUGUCAUUCCAGUAGCCGUUUACAAUGAAAUGAUUUAUUUAGCCCAAGAAGUACAAAGCUCUGAGGACUACAUCCAGCUGUUGAAGAAGCUCAUUAGGGCACCUAACAUACCUCAUCAGUAUUGGCUGACGCUUCAGUAUUUGCUAAAACAUUUCUUCAAGCUCUGUCAGACCUCCAGCAAGAAUCUCCUGAGUGCGAGAGUGCUCUCUGAACUUUUCAGCCCUCUGCUUUUCAGAUUCCCAGCAGCCAGCUCUGAGAAUACUGAACACCUCAUUAAAGUUAUAGAAAUUUUAAUAUCAACGGAGUGGAAUGAGCGACAGCCUGCACCAGCAUUGCCUCCUAAACCACCAAAACCCACUAGUGUAGCCAACAACGGUAUGAAUAACAAUAUGUCCUUACAAGAUGCUGAGUGGUACUGGGGAGAUAUCUCAAGGGAAGAAGUGAAUGAAAAACUUCGAGAUACAGCUGAUGGGACCUUUUUGGUACGAGACGCAUCUACUAAGAUGCAUGGGGAUUAUACUCUUACACUAAGGAAAGGAGGAAAUAACAAAUUAAUCAAAAUAUUCCACCGAGAUGGGAAAUAUGGCUUCUCUGACCCACUGACCUUCAACUCUGUGGUUGAACUAAUAAACCACUACCGGAAUGAGUCUCUAGCUCAGUAUAAUCCCAAACUGGACGUGAAAUUACUUUAUCCAGUGUCCAAAUACCAACAGGAUCAAGUUGUCAAAGAAGAUAAUAUUGAAGCUGUAGGGAAAAAAUUACAUGAAUAUAACACUCAAUUUCAAGAAAAAAGCCGGGAAUAUGAUAGAUUAUAUGAAGAUUAUACCCGUACUUCCCAGGAAAUCCAAAUGAAAAGAACAGCUAUUGAAGCAUUUAAUGAAACCAUAAAAAUAUUUGAAGAACAGUGCCAAAGCCAGGAACGGUACAGCAAAGAAUACAUAGAAAAAUUUAAACGCGAAGGCAAUGAGAAAGAAAUACAAAGGAUUAUGCAUAAUUAUGAGAAGUUAAAGUCCCGAAUCAGUGAAAUUGUGGACAGUAGAAGGAGACUGGAGGAAGACCUGAAGAAGCAGGCAGCUGAGUACCGGGAGAUUGACAAACGCAUGAACAGCAUUAAACCAGACCUCAUUCAGCUGAGAAAGACAAGAGACCAAUACUUGAUGUGGUUGACUCAGAAAGGUGUUCGGCAGAAGAAGCUGAAUGAGUGGCUGGGCAAUGAAAAUACGGAAGACCAAUACUCGCUGGUGGAAGAUGAUGAGGAUCUGCCGCACCACGAUGAGAAGACCUGGAACGUGGGCAGCAGCAACAGGAACAAAGCGGAGAACCUACUCCGAGGGAAACGAGACGGCACCUUCCUGGUCCGGGAGAGCAGCAAACAGGGCUGCUACGCCUGCUCUGUCGUGGUGGACGGCGAGGUCAAGCAUUGUGUCAUCAACAAAACGGCCACCGGCUAUGGCUUUGCCGAACCCUAUAACUUGUACAGCUCCCUGAAAGAACUGGUGCUACAUUACCAACACACGUCCCUCGUGCAGCACAAUGACUCGCUCAACGUCACACUAGCCUACCCGGUAUACGCACAGCAGAGGCGAUGAAGCACUUGUCCUCAGAUCCUGCUCCUGACGUUCAACCACCCUGAGGCCUCUGGAAAGCACAGGGCUCCUCUCCAGCCCGACCUGUCAUUGAGCUGCGGAAACGAAGCCAUCUGCCUUCAGAUGGGACUCGAGCUUCUGACAAAAGAGUACAGGGGAAGACACGCAGCCUAGCACCGAGUAGUGACCCUACGUUUCUAAUCUGGAGCGCUUGUCCUUCCUUACAUUUUUGGAGGUUUUUUUUUCUUUUUUUUUCUUUUCUUUUGGUUUAAUUUAAGCCACAACAACACAAAGAGAAAAAGAAAUGCAAAAAUCUCUGCGUGCAGGGACAAAGAGGCCUUUAACCAUGGUGCUUGUUCAUGCUUUCUGAAGCUUUACCAGCUCAAAGUGGGGGACCUUGGAGACCAGAGGAUGGCCGGGCUCUAGAGCCCCGGCCUGCAAACGCUCGCGCCAGGCUGGCUGGGCCUGGGCCUUGCUGUGCACGGUGGACCCAGACACGUCGCACUGUGGAUUAUUUCCUAAGAAAUGAACGAUAUGUAGCAGAAAGGCACUUCGGCUCACGAGAGACAUUUUAGGAGAACGUCCACUCAACGUACAGUCAGAGGAAAUUCUGUCGUAGCAGAGUGUCAGAAGUGUUUUGUUUAGACUUUAAAAAAAAAAAAAAAUGACCCCACCAACGACGGAGAAACGGAGCUUGGAGAACAGGACUUUAAAUGACAUUCAUUAUAUAAAAUAUGUACAUAACAGUGGAUGAUUAACUAUCAACUAGAUGGAUUUGUAUCAAUACCAAAUAGCUUCUGUUUUGUUUUGCUGAAGGCUAAAUUCACAGUGCUAUGCAAUUUUUAAUUGUCAUUGUUAUCUCCGUUUUAAAUGUACCUUCAGAAUAAGCUUCCCCACCCUAGUUUCUGUUGCCUGAAAAUACUGUCCCUGAUUUUUUUGUUAUUGUUAAUAUUCAUUUGUGAUUCUUUUCCUUUUUUAAAAAAGAAAUGUACAGAAUGCCAGUUAAAAAAAAAAUGGCUUCAGAAUUAAAACUAUGAAAUAUUUUACGGUUUUUCUUGUACAGAGUACUUGGCUAUUAGCCCAAGGUUAAAAAGUUCCUAACAGAUUUUUUGGACUAAAUGUUUUGUUGGGCAGUGCCUGAUAAGCUUCAAAGCUGCUUUAUUCAAUAAAAAAGAGAAAGAUAUAUAAAUAUGACAAA